UGGGGCCCCUGGGCAAUAGGGGAUCAUGGGGCCCCUGUGUCCUUGCCCAAACUCAAAAAAGCCUAUGAAAAAGGUACCAGGGGCAUCUCAUGGGGCCCCCUACUGACUCCGGGCCCUCGGGCAGUGCCCAAGUUUCCAAAUGGUCAGUCCGCCCCUGGCUCCCCCUGGAUACUGCAUAAUCACAGUAAGACCACAUGGAAGGAUAACUUUAGACUGCUUUGCUUUGCAAAUCAUAUAUUGAAUUCCCUCAACAGACUUCCAAAAUAUGCAUUUUGGAAGCUUUUUAAGAUCUGUUUGUACAGUUUUCAAACU